GAUAUCAAAAAGGCGGGAAGUGGCCAGCAUGACGUAAAGGAACUGUGUUGUAUCACGGAAUGAUAACGUGAAUAUAUACCUUGCAAUAAUAACAUGAAUAUAACUAAUUUUGCAACAAUUUUUAGUCACCAUUGAUUACAAUCGAUAAACUUUUAAUACGGCAUCAAUAUAUAAUUAAUAUUCUACAGUUAGUGAUAUCUUUGUCAUUAAUACAUAUUAGCAUUUUAUCAACAUCUGCUUUUAAUUGUUGGUGGAUCAGACAGAAGUUCACACGUAAAGAAGAAGUAUUUCUAUUGCUAUCAGAAUAUGAAAAACAUCAAACAAUAUUUUGCCAACGGCAGACGAAAGACGAAAGACGUCGAUGUGGAGGUUACUGCCGAUCCAAGCACCGCCGUGGAACAGAAAGAGCAGGAAGAAACCAUUGCAACGGGUAAACGUAAACGUGUAAAGAUUCGUAUAUCACGUAACGUUUCUAAGCAAAGGAUAUGUGAUAUAAUAGAGAACAAGAAUGAUCUGAUCGACAAAACACCUAGUCCAUUAAAUGUUAAAGUAAAUAACGAUAAAAGUGUCUCACAGGAUGGAACACCAAAAUCUUAUUCGACUGGCUUGAAGUUGCGUUCCAAAAAGGGUUCCAAACUUAAUGUGGAAGUAAACACAGAAAAUAGCCCAUCUGAAAAGAUGAAAAAUAUUUUACAAGAUAAUAUAGAAUCAAAUGAACAGGUUAUUAUAGAUUUGAAUAACUUUUCUACUGACAAUAUAAAGAAUGUUAAUGAUGAGAGUCUAUCAAAUAUAGAGCUUUGCGAUGAAAUUGGUUCUCAGCGGGAAGAAUCAAAUGCCUUUCAAGUUUUAAUGAAUCGUGGUAAACCAAUACAGUACAAAGUAUUAUCGCAGCAAUCUAUAGAGGAUAUUAAAUGUAAGCAGAAAUUGGAUGAAGCCAAAGAAUCGAAAUCUGAAUGCAAAGAGAAGCUAAUAGCUUUGGCUGAUAAAAAGGGUUAUUCUAAAAGAAAAAUUGCAGAGAUGGAAGAAGGUGAAAAAAUAGAAAAGAAUAUAGAAAAUCGUAUAAGAUUUUUCAAAAAUAACGAUAAAAGCGACAUCGCAAAUAAAAAGGAUGAUAUUGGAUUGUCGAUAAAAAACAAGUCAUCUGGAAAUUUACUAAGUUAUUUUAGCAAAUCACACUUAAAUGUUACAAAUAAGAACGAGAAAUGUUCAUCUACUUUCAUCGUAAAGGCGGAUGUACAUAGAACUCACAAUUCUGAUAAUGAAUCUGCAGUUAAAUCUGCAAAAAAAUCGAUUCCGGACAAGAUGUAUUUUAACAAAAAAUGUUCAAAAUCAGAAUUGGAUCUUUCAACAGUGAAUAGUAUUCACAUUGUAGCAUCUGAAAGUUUGUUUUCACCACAAACCAUCAGUCAAGAUAAGCUAAAACGAGAAAAACCUUGGUCUUUGCGCAUAAAAUUACGUUCUGAAAGUAAUGAUUCUUCGAAUGAUACCACUGAUGAGGAAUUGUUUUCACCAAGAAGCAAAUCAAAGUUUCAUGUCUCAAAUAAGUCUCGAAAUUCUACAAAUAUGGAAGAAAAUAGUAGGAUUAAUAUAAAAAAUGGACAUAUUAAGACGAGAGAACAAAACAAAAAGAAAAAAGAAUUGAUUGGUAAGCAGAAAGAAAGUAAUGCUUCAAAUGCUACUAAGGAUGCUGUUGUGAACGAUAACAAUAAAGAUAUUGAUUUAUGUCCAAAAAAAUUGAAGAAAGUUAAUAAAAGGAACAAAAUUAGUGAUAAGAGUGAAGAAGUUACAACAACAACUGACUAUUCUGAUUGUAAAAUCAUCAGUGAAAACAUCUUGAAAAGGAAACCGAAUGAAAAAUUGGCACCUCUGUUCGUUAAACGACGUAAAACAGAUCCUAUUGUCGUAGCAGCUAGACGUUCGUUUCUGCAGUCAGACAUAACUGACGUAGAGAGCAAAAGUACAGAUCGUAAGACAAACAAUAACAUACCUAUGUUACCGUUUCCGACUAUUAGUCACGUGACACAGUUAGAAGAUAAGUCAGACUUGAUCAAACCGGAAAUCAAGCAUAAAUACAAGAUGAAAACUGAGAGGAGAUAUUUACCUUCGAUAGAUGUUAAUAACUACAAGUGUAUCACCAAUUAUAAGGAAUCAAAAGCGAGUGAAACGGUCAAUGAGCCUGUGAAGGAAAACGUCAAUGCGGCAUUGUCUGAAAUCGAGAAACUUUGUCCGGAUGUGCAAGAAUUAUGGAAAGCCUUGACGAUCAAGGAUGAUUCGGAGAAGAAAUCGCCGCCCCGAAUGAAAGGCAGAAGGGCGAAAUCACUCGAGCGAAAAAAGAAAGCGGAAAAUUUGGAAAAUUUGGAAAAUUUGGAAAAUUUGGAAAAUAAAGAGGCUCUGUCUCAUGAUUGCACGUGGACGUGUAAAUAUAAGCCGAAGAGCGCGCAAGAGAUAGUCGGAAAUGAAGGAGCCGCGGAUAAACUGAAGAGCUGGCUGAGCGGCUGGAGAGUGUCCUUGACAAAGGAGGAUGAUGGCAGUAGCAGCGACGAGUUCUAUUCGUCCGAUUGCAGUUCUAUGUAUAACAAUGAAAAUAAUCAAAUAGCUAUAUUGCUGGGGCCGCACGGCAGCGGAAAGAGUGCGAGUGUAUAUGCAAUAGCGGAGGAGCUCGGUUACAGCGUGCUGGAGGUGAAUGCAUCCUCCAGACGGAGCGGAAAAAUAAUUCUAAAAGAAUUGGAGGAAGCCACAAAGUCGCACAGGAUUAAAGAAAAGAAGCGUACAUCUCUGUUCGAGCGAGUUGUAAACGAGAGUGAGACCCCGAAGGUAUCGAAAAACUCUCUGAUUCUUCUGGAAGACAUUGAUCUCAUCUUCGAGGAGGACGAAGGCUUUGUUUCCGCUGCGUGUCAAUUAGCAUCGAACACGAAACGACCGAUCGUCAUGACGUGUAGAGAUAUAUGCCCUCACCUGAGUAAAAUGGCACCGCAACAAAACAAGAUUUACUUUCAACGAGUAAAUUUUGUGAAUGGUAACAGAGCGUCUGCCUUGCUAGAAUUAAUUUCAUUGGCGGAGAAAGGUUACAGGCUUCCACAUAAUUGUCUAAUGAAAUUGUUACAAAUGGGCGAUCUACGGCAGGCGCUGCUGCAAUUGCAAUAUCUGUUGCUGUCUGGUCCACCAAUAUUAUCCGAGCAGUCAACAAUUACGAAGCCGCUUUGGCAGGACAUGCGAAGCUAUCUGUAUAAACCUGCCAUUAAGUUAAAUAGGAAACAUAAGACGAAGAAAAGUACAAAUACUGAAAAGACUAACACUACUGCGUGUAUAUUGAAUAAUUUAGCAGACAAAUUGGAUGGUUUAUCUCUAGUGUCAUGUUUAAUUGAUAUUAAGGAUUCGGCGUUAAAUGUAACGGAGAAGAACACGCAGCCCAAUUUGUCUUUAGCCGAAAAUGUAUCGUUCUAUUCCGCUUCGUGUGAUCUGAACACAAAAAUAGCAAAUUUUAUAAUCGAUCAAAUAUUGUAUAAAGACUCUAACGUAAACGAAAUCGUGCAAAAUCAAACUAAUAUUAUUGUAAGAAAGCAAUUGAACGAAGGAGUGGAUUUGGCUCUCUCGCACAUCACAUCCACGUGUUUAGAUCGACAAAUUAUGGCGUUAGAUUACCUUCCGGCUGCACGAACGAUAUGUCGCGCGGAAGAGUCUCGUUCUACCGCUAAUUACAAGCGAGGCAGUAGAUUUUUCCAUUAUAUGCAUAGUUUGAAAGUGCCGACGCUGUUGAUGAAACCGAAUGUCUUAGCCGCCGCGUGUAGAAUGUUGCAAGAAAAAGUAAGUAAAAAUGCAUCCACGAGCGGAGUCACCAGCGAUUGACGUUUAGGAAAAAUGUAAAUUUUUUACGUACGUCGGAUAUGCGCGUACUUUUAUUAAAACUCGAAG